GCACCCGGGGGCGGAGGAGCCAGGGAGGCGGGAGGCGGGAGGCGCCGGGCCGUUUAAGCGGCUUCCCUCCCGCCCCCAGGCGCCUUCUCUGGCCCGGGCCCUGUGCUGACCGACCCCCAGCCUGGCCCACUCCGGCCCUGCCCAGUUGCGUGGCUCCCGCCUGGCGCGCCGGCAGCCUCGGGAGCAGCUCAAGCCCAUGAGGCCGACGCGCCCUGCCGCCGGUGCAGAAGAGACGGAGCUCCCGGCCCCCGAGGUAGAGCGGAGGAUCAAUGCGGUUCAGGAAUCGAUUCCAGCGUUUCAUGAACCAUCGGGCCCCAGCCAAUGGCCGCUACAAACCAACUUGCUACGAACAUGCUGCCAAUUGCUACACACACGCAUUCCUCAUUGUUCCAGCCAUUGUGGGCAGCGCCCUCCUCCAUCGGCUGUCUGAUGACUGCUGGGAGAAGAUAACAGCAUGGAUCUACGGGAUGGGCCUUUGCGCCCUCUUCAUCGUCUCCACAGUGUUUCACAUAGUAUCAUGGAAGAAGAGUCACUUGAGGACAGUGGAGCAUUGUUUCCACAUGUGUGAUCGGAUGGUCAUCUACUUCUUCAUCGCUGCUUCCUACGCCCCGUGGUUAAAUCUCCGUGAACUUGGACCCCUGGCAUCUCAUAUGCGUUGGUUUAUCUGGCUCAUGGCAGCUGGAGGGACCAUCUAUGUAUUUCUCUACCAUGAAAAGUAUAAAGUGGUUGAACUUUUCUUCUAUCUCACGAUGGGAUUUUCUCCAGCCUUGGUGGUGACAUCAAUGAAUAACACUGACGGACUUCAAGAGCUUGCCUGUGGGGGCCUGAUUUACUGCUUGGGAGUUGUGUUCUUCAAGAGCGACGGCAUCAUCCCCUUCGCCCAUGCCAUCUGGCACCUGUUUGUGGCCACAGCAGCUGCCGUACACUACUAUGCCAUUUGGAAGUACCUGUACCGAAGUCCCACAGACUUUAUUCGGCAUUUGUGACCAGUCUGUGCUAGGUUUUCAGAUCAGUAUUAUCGUGAUUGAGGCACUUGAGUGGGGUAGGAGCUGAAUGUCGCACACAGAAGAAGAUGAGCAACUUGCACUGACUUCGUUUAAUUUUUUUUUUUUAAUAUAAUUACUGUGAAAGUAUAAAAGCUGUGCCUUGGAGUUUUCCUCUUCACAGGCAACAGAGAAGGUAGUGAAUCAAUUCUUCAUUCCAUUCCACUAUCAUGAAGGACUCGGGAGAGACAUGGCCAACUGAUGUUUACAAACCAGAAUUUUGUAGUUUUGUUUUACAGAUUUUAACUACGAUGAUUUUUUUCUAAAUUCGUAAGUCAGGUUGUCCAAGUCAGUGCAAUAACACGACUUUUUAAGAAAAACAAAAGUUGUUUCUAUCACGUUUCCCGUUCACUGUGUAAAAGAAUCAUGGAAACUUAACACUACUUUUUACCAUGUUUCAUUUGACAUAACAUGGUUAUCUUUUAAAAGGAAGCUUUGGUUCUUUUGUAAAUUUUUAAAGAAGCUACUCCAUCGAAGCGCACCCCCAUGGUUCCUCAUUCACGCGAAGUUUUGCAGCAAGCGGUCAACAUUCCACAAACAGACAUUAUACCUCUUCUGACAGUUUUAUUAAGUAUGGAGAACUUGCCAAUUUUUUAAGAAAAACUGCAGUUUUUUCCAAACUUUUCUGCCAAUCUCUGACCCCUGAAUUCAGUGAUGCUUUGGGCUGACAUCCUUGACCUGGUAUGGGCCCCCAGGGGUAAGACAGUGUUUUGAUACCAUCCACUUUUUCAGAAGACAUAACUUUGCUGUAUGCCUUUGCCAUGUAUUCUCCAGGGUCUCUCUCCACAGUGGAGGUGGAUCCUGUGCGGAUUAUGAUAGUAUUGUUGGGUUGCCCAUCUGCUGGACACUUCUCAUGAGCUUUCUGAAUUAUGGUGAAUUGAAUCGCCACUUUGGUGCCCAACGGUUCAAGUCACUGUGGUUAAGCCAGUUAGCUUUAUUGUAUCAGUUUGAUAUCCAUUUUAAUCGUGGAACUAGACACACAAACUCACAUUUCUGCCUUUUCCUCUGCAUUUCUCAAUAUACUAUGUUUUUUUCACACCAUACAUAAAACAUUGAUUGAUAGCUCAUGUCAGUAGCCUAUGGUUUUCAUGCUGACUCAGUGGAGUGAUAUUUAUAUAUUAAUUUUUAGUUUCCUCUCGAUGUCUUAUAUUAAGAUUGCUGUAUUAGUUGCUUUGUUGGUUAAUCUUUCUUGGUGUUUAAGAGAAAUGAAGUCACCUUACCUUUAGAUCAGAUAUUAAUAUAGCCUGUUUGUCUAGAACUAGGCUUGCCCAAUCAAACUGUCAGAUUAAAGAUAAUGCUUUAUUAAUGGGAAUACUGUACAGCUGUAAGUUUAAAAGAAAGUUUAUUUUGUAUGCAUGUUCGGCUCUGAUUUUGGUAAAUUGUAAAGGAAGAACCGAAGAACUGGCUGCUGGGGAUUUCUUCAGUAGUCAAGCGUACCCAAGGAUAACACCUCUAGAUGCAUGAUUCUGAACACUUAGGUGCCUGUUAUUUUACUGUGUAUAUUUUACUUUAAAUAUAUUAACUUUUUGUGGAUUCAUUUAAAGUCUGCUCAUGCAACACUGUCAAAACCACUAAACUGUAUGUAAGAACUUGUGCUGUAGAUUAGAAUAAAGUUGUUAUUUGGGUUGA